GUGAACUGUCUGAAAGCUACAGUUUAGUACAGUUUAGUACAACAACAGUGAGGAGACAGAUCAAACAUACAGGUUAAAAAACGUUUCCAGAUCUAGAAGAAGCGCUAUAAGCUUUAUUAGCAAACCUGUUCGUCUUUAGCAAACAUGUUCGUCUUUAUGGGACUUCAUUGCAGUUCUGGGAGGAUGUUGUAUAAAACUUUUGUUAUCCUGGCAGCCGUGCAUGCGGUUUCGUCUGCGGUUUAUAACGGUGAGUAGAAUUCCCCUUACGUGUGAUGAAGUGUUUGUUUCCUGAUAAACUGUGUUACUUUUACUUAAAAUAUUUGAUACAAACAACGUGUAGGCUACACUUUGUAGACCCUCUUGAUAUAUAGCCAUGCAUAUUAUUUUCCAAAUGUUAACUCAUUAUAAUAAUAAAGUAAUAUGCCAUUUAGCAGACGCUUUUAUCCAAAGUGACUUACAGUCAUGCGUGCAUACAUUUUUUAUGAAUGGGUGGUCCCGGGGCUCGAACCCACUACCCUGGCGUUACAAGCGCCGUGCUGUACCAGUUGAGCCACAGAGAACCACAUUAACCUAGGCUAUAACAGGUCGGUGUGGCAAGGUGACUUCAUUUUUAAGAACUGAAUUAUCACAACAUAGGCCUAACUGUAGCCAACAACAUCAUGCACAGAUUUUUUGUAAAUUGUCUCGAAACAUUUAUAGACAGUCAGGCCUACAUAUUCCUAAAUAUAAAUUACCAAGUCAUGGUAUAUUUUGAAUAGGCCUAUAGGCUAUUGAAACCAGAAAUAAUGGAUUAUAUUCAUUCUCUCACUCAUUGUGUCCUUUACUGAUAUACUUUUCAUUCGUAGGCUGUGAAGGAUAAAAACAGCUUGAAAUGAAUUGCCAUGGUCAGGACCAGUGGCGGCUCCUGAAAAAAUUCUCAGGAGGGGCAAUUUUUCUGAUGAUUUAGGUGACCUACACACAUUUUAAAAAAGAUAUGUCCAGCAACAACAUGAAGACAGGGGCAGCAUAUAAGUCAAUACCAGAAGCAUUUAUUGACUGAUCUGGGGAGAUGGAUUCCAGUUUCUGUGACAGAUUAUAAAUAAUCUCUGAUGCCUUUGUUAUAUUAGCUUUUGGUUGAAUGUACUGUCGUAGUAAAUAUAUAAUGUUAUAGCUUGGUCUGACUAAAAUCUUGUGCAUAUCCACCCUGUCCAAAGUCUCUACUUGGUCUCAGUUCUCCAGUAAACUUGUGAUUAUCAACAGUACACAACGGUAACAAACAAUUGGGGGAACUCACGGGGCAGAUAGUAAGGUCACAGUGACACAGAAAGCAGUUCAAUGUCGGGGCUCGGGGGUACAGAGUCGCUCUCUUACCAGGAUCGAUUUUCCCUGUGACUGUCAGAUCGAGGUCCGCUCCGACCAGGGUGAAGCCGGCCGGCUCCACUUCUCUGUCCGGGACUCUGUCAUCCAGCCAAGUCUCCCAGCUGUAUUGGAUUCCGCUGCCAGCAACGUUUUCAUUAUUUAGUCCGUUCGUAGCGGGUAUGUACACGAUCAACAAGAUCAGUCCAAAACCCACCACUCGAAAUCCAUGGUUGGCAGAAUGUUUGUAAACUAAGUGUACAAAUUAAAAACAUAAAAUAACGCCACUAAGUGUACAAAUUAAAAACAUAAAAUAACGCCACUAAGUGUACAAAUUAAAAACAUAAAAUAACGCCACACUGCAGGUCGCAAAGAGACGCUGCUAGCCGCUAUUUGCUUAGUUACGUUCAUGGUUACGUCACGUAUGACGAAAGCGCGUAAGUGCAAGCCCACAGACACCCAUAGAGAAUGUAUUGAAAGCUUUGAAAUUUGAAAAAAAUAGAUUUUACAUGACAGGCUAUGAGAGACUUCUGGGCGAUUUUCAACCUGACUGAAAUCGCCCAAAAACGGGCGGGGCCAUUUGAAGCACGACUUUAGCCUGAUUUGACAUUUAGUGGCAGUCAGAUCAGAUUACAACACUGAUAACUACUGUUGCCGUGAUAUAAUUGAUUAGAAAAAAAAUCCCUUCCUUUUCCCGUUUGGCAGUGCGUCGCCCAUAUCGCCCUAUUGAACAGGCCGUCCCUGGUCAGGACCCCAGAAGUGGUCUUUUUGAACACAUUUAAGUAGUUGGCCAUUUUAUUGACAGGAUCAGCAUUUUAUUAAAAUUGUAUCCCCUCAUCAGGACAUUACAUUUACAUUUUAGUCAUUUAGCAGACGCUCUUAUCCAGAGCGACUUACAGUUAGUGAAUACAUAUUUUUUUUUAUACUGGCCCCCCGUGGGAAUCCAACCCACAACCCUGGCGUUGCAAACGCCAUGCUCUAUCAACUGAGCUACAUCCCUCAUCCCAUUUCAAGGGGAUCCUAUAAAGAAAAUGAAACAGUCUGUUUGAGGCCCUCCACACCACUGAGCUCUAUGACUGUAUUAUAAUGUAGACUGCAGUGCUCCACACCUAUCCCCAUGUGUGACUGACUCACGUCUCUGUUGUUUUUCUCCACAGGCAGCUCCAUCGUUAGGACCUUUGCCAGGAGAUUAGUCACGGAAGGGCCCCUGGUCACAGACGAGCAUAUAGAUCUAGACCUACUGGACUACUACCCAAACGAAGACAGAAAUGGGCCCGGAGGCAGACUCAACAAUGGGUCCGCACCGGGACAGAGAGUUGGAUUUAUUAAUGGUUCCACACUGGGACAGGUGGAACUGGGCUCGGUCAGGAAUGUUACAGGAGUCUGGUCUUACGCUAUUUCUGUUACGGCCAACGACUUCCUCACAGGCCGUCUGUCCACCAUCUUCAUCCCAACGCUUUACACCAUCGUCUUCCUCAUCAGCGUGCCCCUCAACACUGUUGCCAUGGUGUCUUUUGCCCGACGGAUCCGGCCCAUGAAGCCAGCGGUGAUCUACAUGCUGAACCUGGCUGCCGCUGACCUACUGUUCACCCUACUGCUGCCCUUCAAGAUCGUCUACCACUACAGUGGCAACGACUGGGGCUUCGGCGAGGGGAUGUGCCGCCUGGUCACCGCCGCCUUCUACUGCAACAUGUACUCCUCCGUCCUCCUCAUCACCUGCAUCAGCGUGGACCGCCUGCUGGCCGUGGCCUACCCCAUCAACUCCCUGGCCUGGAGGACUCCAUGUAACGCAGCCCUGGCCUGCAGCUCCAUGUGGCUCCUGGCUGUGGGCGGCUCGCUGCCCCUGGUCCUCUCACAGCAGACGGUCUACUACGACCCACUGGGCAUAACCACCUGCCAUGACAUCCAGGACCUGAAGCUGUUAGAGGGGCGCUACCUCUUCUUCUUCCCCAUUCUCUCCUGCACCCUCUACUUCCUGCCGCUGUUCGUCAUGGUGACCUGCUACUCCCGGGUGGUGCAGGUGCUCAACAGGGCUCCACGCGGCGUCAUUGGUAAAUAGAAACAAGACUCAUGCACUUCACAAAUGAUAUGCAGCACAAUGACCACCCACUACCGUCAUGCAUUUUUACAUAUAGGAGCGGUUUCCCAGACCAAGUUUUUGGUCUAAAAAGUUGGCUCUUUGUAUUGAUUCUCUUUUCCAUGUCUUCUGCACAACAACCUUCCCCAUAAGAGGAUAACAACAUUUUCUAUUGACAUUUUAUCUAGGUCGUUCAAGGCAGAAGGCACGAGCAGUGGUGAUGGUGGUCAUCGUGCUGGUGGUGUUCGUGAUCUGUUUCACGCCCACCAACGCCAUCCUCCUGGCUCACUACCUUCAGAUUGCCAGGCGGGUGGCAGGGGAUCCGGACGCUACUCAUGUGGCCUACCUGGUGUCGCUGUGUGUGGGGAGCAUAAGCUGCUGCCUGGACCCCCUGGUCUACUACUUUGGCUCGUCCCGGUGCCAGAGGCAGCUUGCGGGGGCUCUGGGGUGCCGGGCGGCCGCAGAGGGAGAGAAGAGUCUGGCCUCAUCCUCUGGUUCCUCCAGGACCAGCACCAGAGCAAGCACCAGGAUAAGUAAGGUGGAUGCCUUCCAGGCCAGCCUCAGCAGCCAGUACAAGCAACUCCUGGUCUGAUGGAUGGGGAUACAGAGAGCUGUUUCUGAUUCAUUAACUAAAGUGAAGAAUAGAUAUUUAGUAUGUACACUGAGUAUACCAAACAUUGGGAACACCUUCCUAAUAUUGAGUUGCACCCCACCCUUUUGCACUUAGAACAGCCUCAAUUCGUCGGGGCAUGGACUCUACAAGGUGUCGACUCCAAUGCUUCCCACAGUUGUGUCAAGUUGGCUGGAUGUCCUUUGGGUGGUGGACCAUUCUUGAUACACACAGGAAACUGUUGAGUGUGAAAAACCCAGCAGCAUUGCAGUUCAUGACACAAACCGGUGCGCCUGGCACCUACUACCAUACCCUGUUCAAAGGCACUUAAAUAUUUUGUCUUGCCCAUUCACCCUCUGAAUGGCACAAAUACACAAUCCAUGUUUAAAUUGUCUCAAGGCUUUACCUGACACCUCCCCUUCAUCUACACUGAUUGAAGUUGAUUUAACAAGUGACAUCAAUAAGGGAUCAUAGCUUUCACCUGGUCAGUCUAUGUCAUGGAAAGAGCAGGGGUUCUUAAUGUUUUGUAUACUCAGUGUAUUUCCCGUUUUUCAGACAGUGCAAGAAGUUUAUGGUCUUAAAGAUAGACAUGGACCAAAGCUAGGCUUUUUCUGAGGAGACUGAAUGGAUUUGGCUAGUACGUUGAAUUCAGUCAGACAUUCAUCUGCAGCCAUGCCACUCCUAGGUCUGGUUUAGCUAUGCCCAACUAUAUGAAGAAGAGACAUAUACAUUUCCCUUGUUUCAGCCAGUGCAAGAAGCUGCUGGUCUGAUUGAUAUGGAUCAACAGCUGUUUCUGAGCUGAACCCAACUACCAAGAAGAUACAUUAGGGUGAGAGAAAAGGAAAAUGUAAUGCAUGAUCAUGUAUAACAUCUUAAAUUGGUAUCUUUAAAAUGUUUUCCCAUGGAAGUUGAAGUUGCUAGUAUUGAAGCAGGUUUAAAGUCCCCAAAGCAGUUUCUAUGAAGUUUGAUGGUCUGUGAUAAGGGAAUAACAAAGGGGUCUUUGUUCAAUAAUGUAUUGUACCAUUUCUUAAAAGAACACUGUGAACAAUACAAGGAAAUAUUUUUCUACGCAGGCUUAGUGAGCUCACUUCCAUGCCUGUAGUGUAGGAUCUGAUUCUGUUCAUUUUGUUAACAUUUAGUAUUUUUUCUAUGUACAAAUAUUUACUUGGCAAUGUGAAAUGUAUAGCCUAUGUUGUCGAUGCUGCAUAGAAAUAUCAUGCACUAUAUAUUAUAUCGCUACAAUAACUUUAGCUCAGACUCAUUAAUGCUAAAAAUGUCAAUUUGUGUGAAUAUAUAGUGUGUGUGUGCAGAAAUUGAAGAGCUUUUCGACUACACAAAUACACAGCCUAGGAGUGCUAAGGUAGAGUAGUGCUGUGAUACCCCUACUGGUCAAAAUCAUACUUACUUCAAGUCAAUUACAUUUCACAUUACAUCCAGCGGGUGGUGCUUCAUACCUAUUUAUACUGAACAAAAAUAUAAACCAACAUGUAAAGUGUUGGUGCCAUGUUUCAUAAGCUGAAAUAAAAGAUCCCAGAAAUGUUCCAUACGUACAAAAAGGUAAAAUGUUUUGUUUACAUCCCUGUUAGUGAGCUUUUCUCCUUUGCCAAGAUAAUCCAUCCCCCGACAGGUGUGGAAUAUCAAGAAGCUGAUUAAACAGCAUGAUCAUUACACAAGUGCACCUUGUGCUGGGGACAAUAAAAGGCCACUCUAAAAUGUGCAGUUUUGUCACAGAUGUCUCAAGUUUUGAGGGAGCGUGCAAUUGGCAUGCAGGAAUGUACACCAGAGCUAUUGCCAGAUAAUUGAAUGUUCAUUUCUCUACCAUAAGCCGCCUCCGACGUCAUUUUUAGAGAAUUUGGAAGUAUGUCCAUCCAACCGGCCUCCCAUCCCAUCCCCCAUCACCAUCAAUCCUAUCCAUUCCAUUCCUCUGUUCCACCUGAACAAAGACAGAGCAGGAGAAAAGCACAUGAGAGUCCUCAAGCAACUAGCCAUCUGUAUUAAAGGACACAUUUUAUUAACCAAACAGAUGCUAGGAACUAAGUCAAACAAAAAGACCAAACCUUUGGAACUUCCACUGAGCCUGCCCUGAGGAUACUGAACGUUAUGCAACACACACCCCUCUCUCAUUCCUCUCAUAAACAUUUGCUAUGUGUUGCAACUGGGAACACAAAGAAGGAGAAGAAAAUGGCAGGGGAGAUCAGCAGACAAUCUAUUUCUUAUUCUUUAACAGUGAGGAAAUAUUCUUGAUGCACUUUUCUUUUCCACUUAAAGGUUAGCCCACUAUUUAAUAGCCUUCCUACUACACAUGCUGGUAGGCUUACUGCUGAGCUGUAAUUCUCCUUAGGUCUACACUUGUCAAGGAGGCAAAUUUACACAUCUGCUUGUCUGCCAUAUACAUUGCUUGUCUGCAGGUGGUAUUGAAGUUGCCCCUUGGCACAGCUCUAGGAUCAGCUUAUACCAGGGUUCCCCAACUGGUGGCCCACCGACAAAUCUGUCCCAUGGGUGGUUUUAUUUGGGCCCCAUGUUUUCUGAGCAAAAAAUAAAUAAACGUCCAUUGUUGGACAUAUAUAUAUAUAUAUAUACAAACACCAGGGAAUCAGCUCCAACUGAUUUUAAUUUGGGAAAUCUGUUCCCAAGUAUUUCCACACAUAAUAGAGAGACACGUGAUCAUAUACAAACGUCAGAAAGGUUUGAAAUGAUUAUGUUUUAGUCAUAUAUUAUAUCUGUUUGGGCUUCUCGCCGUCAAUUUGAAGUCUACAAAUUAUUUAGAUGAUGAUCCAAAUUCUAACUUGAAGCCUUAGUGUAAAAACACAAAACUGACCUUAGAUCAGUGUAUUGAGGGCAAGAUCCUACUACAGCCAGUCAGCCUGAGGACACAGGUGUGCACGGUCACAUGACAUCACACAGGUUUUUUAUUUUCCACCUGUUAUGUGACGGCAGGAUGUGGUACUACCUCUUUAGUUCACUUCAACGUAGCAGACAGAAGGAAUACACAAACGAACGCGCCGUCGCCAUUCAACACUCUUCAUACGUCGCAGAUAGAUUGUUGUUCGAUCAUAUUGUGGAAGUUAACAUGAGUUUUAAGCCACAUUGGUUGAAACUGAUAUUUUUAUUGGCUUGUGCCGAGCUCUGUCUGUCUCAGAAAAAUGGUAAGAGCUAGCCUUUUCCCUCGUUUACAUUUACAUUAUUUAGCAGACGCUCUUAUCCAGAGCGACUUACAAAUUGGUGCAUUCAACUUUUUGUGGGGGAAGAAGGAUUACUUUUAUACUAUUUCAGGUAUUCCUUAAAGAGGUAGGGUUUCAAGUGUCUCCGGAAGGUGGUCAGUGACUCCGCUGUCCUGGCGUCGUGGGGAGCUUGUUCCACCAGUGGGGGUGCCAGAGCAGCGAAUAGCUUUGACUGGGCUGAGCGGGAACUGUGCUUCCGUAGAGGUAGGGAGCUAUAGGCCAGAGGUGGUAUGAACGUAAUGCCCUCGUUUGGGUGUAGGGUCUGAUCAGAGCCUGGAGGUAAGGAGGAGCCGUUCCCCUCAGCCUUCUGUAGCCAACGCACCCAUGGUCUUGGUUAGUAGAUGCGAGGCUCAAUUGGAAGCCAGUGGAGUGUGCGGAGGAGCGGGAUGACUCGUCUAUUAGUCUUGUUAUUGGUGUGUGUUUUUGUUCGAUCAGAGACGUUGUUGUGAUAUACUUAAAUGUAUUAAUUUAGGAAUCCCCUCUUAUCUGAUUCCUAAAUGAAUACAGAGUUUGUGAAAUAAUCCUGUUUGUCAUGUUGUGAUGGUAUUUCCAAUGUCGUUGUUCUUACAAACCGCAAGACAUCGAGGGGCUCGAUUAAUGUAGCCCGGGCGCCCGUCUAGGGGGUCUCUUGCACCGGUUGAAAAUUGAUUGCAUUCGUUUUGGAACCGGGCUACCUCCCGGGCGUGAGCAAGGUGUCCCGCUAUGUCCAGAGGCUCAAAACAAAAGUGACUUGGGGCCUAGUUAAGCAGGUGUAUUAGCAUCAUUAGUAGGAUUCUGUGUUUCCCCAUUCAAAAGUGAACGCUUUAUUUGCCUUCCCAAUGAAAACUAAUUAAAACAGUUUUAUUUUUUGGAAAAUAGAUGUUGCAUCACAGCACAAUGAGCCAGAUAUUUCACAGAAUUUAUAAAUGUGAAGCAUCUGAUUGCCGUUUCCACUCACUACGGAAGCGGAAGCCCAGUGGCCAGUACUAGGAGAAGAUGGAGUGAGAUGGAUUUUGGCUCUGCCCACCACCUUGCUUAUUCUGCCCACUAUGAUUAAUUUGCUCCCAUUGGAAACCUACUGUUCGAUUUGAGAAGGGCGCUCCUCCCUCCCCGCUUUCACCGGAUGACGUGUCUGGCCUUUGCCCGGUUCAACCCGGGCCAGUGUAAAAUAACUCCUUCAUCAAAUAGUAUGGUCACAUGGUACUUUCAAGACAACUGGGAACUUGGAAAAAAACGUGGUCAAAUCAUGACAUCAGUGAUCUUCAAGUCGGAGCUCUAGAAGGAUGCCCGAGUUUUCCGACUUGUUUCCCAUUUCCCAGUUGUUUUGAAUGCGGCAGCGUUCCCCUGCUCAGACUUUGCAUGCAUCAACCAAUGGUUGCAUGCCACAUCAUCGACUGACAUUAUACCAAUCUGUAUUUGGUUAGAUGAUACGUAAAAUACUUAUACAGGCGUUGUAAGAUCUGUCAGGGGUCAGCAACACCUGGGCAGAGGAAUGCGCCCAAAAUGUCAUCCCACAUAGUAUUGACAGACUGAUCUUUCCAAAGUCUAGAUUCUGAAGAGAAAAUGGCCACCUGGGGUCUUAUUAGUUGAUUUCAUAUAAUUAGUCUUUAAUUUGAAUCCAAAUCAUUUUAAGAACAAUAUAAAAGUAAUAGUUGAAGCGUGAACCUGAAAGCGAAUUAAAUAAAUCACAAAUGUCUAUUGUAUUCAAAUGGCAAACUUUUGAACCCCAUUGUUAGAAUUCCUCAGAUAGCCCUGUUCCUACUCACCUUGUUUCUCUUCUCUCUUUCUCAGAGUGGACUAAUACUGAUGUUGAAAACCGAGGCUUCACUGGGACUGAGACACCGGAUGGAGUGUGGGUCUCCCUGACGGCCCGCAUGGUCCUGGACAGUCGUCUGACCACGGUGUUCCUCCCCAUCGUCUACAUAGUGGUGUUUGCUGUGGGGCUGCCCACCAACGCCAUGGCCAUCUGGGUCUUCCUGUUCAGGACCAAGAAGAAGCACCCUGCCGCCAUCUACAUGGCCAACCUGGCUCUGUCCGACCUGCUCUUUGUCAUCUGGACGCCCCUGAAGAUCGCCUACCACUUCAACGGCAACGACUGGAUCUAUGGAGAGGGGCUGUGUAAAGUCCUGGUGGGCUUCUUCUACGGGAACAUGUACUGCUCCAUCCUCUUCAUCACCUGUAUCAGUGUCCAGCGCUACUGGGCCAUCGUCAACCCCCUCUCCCAGAAUAGGAGAAACAACCAGGUAGCCAUCAGCGUCUCUGUCGCCGUCUGGGUGGGCGUCUGGCUGCUGACCACCCCUCUCUACCUCUAUGAACAGACGGUCAAAGUGACCAACCUCAACAUCAUCACAUGCCACGACGUCACCCGGCCCAGCCAGAAUAGCAUGGCUGCAGGCUACUUCCUGACCAUGGGAAUCCUGGGAUUUGUAGUUCCCACCGUGGUGUGCGUGGUGGCCUAUGUUCUGAUGCUGAAGUCCCUGAGGAACUCUAUGACCGAUGCCAGCAUUGCCAAGAAUCGACGCAAGGCGGUGGUGCUCAUCAUCACCGUGUUGGUUAUGUUCCUGGUCUGUUUCGCCCCCAGUAACAUCAUGCUGCUGGUGCACUACUCUCUCCUGCUGGCCGGAGAAGUGAACAACGGCUACGGCUUCUACAUCUCCACCCUGUGUCUGGCUGCCCUCAACAGCUGUGUGGAUCCAUUCAUCUACUACUUCAUCUCAGAGGAGUUCAGGCAGCAUGUGAAGAACACACUGAGAUGCCGCAGCGAGAGGACGGUGGAGAGAAUGAGGGUCUCGUUCAAUGCUCUGAAGUACUCCAAAAAGAGUAGCACCUACACCUCCGACUCGGGGAAAACACAGAGCAGCUCCUGUUAAGGGGGGUAGAAGUUGGCUGUACUGAAGUUGGCUGUACUGAUGUUUUUAAAGAACUGGAUGAGUAAAGGGAAUACCGGGUUGGUGUUGAUUUGCCAUGUUUCUUUCACCUGCCAUUUGUUUUCAUCAGUAUCAAUGGAGACUAAGCCAUUAUAAACUGAGAUGCAACCCCAGACUACUUCAUAUUAUGUGCCUUGUUACAUUGCCUUUCUCUCCUCCUUGGUUUAUGUAGAGGACAAAAUUGGUAAGAGUGAAGAGGCAAUGUUUUUAUUCUGUGUUUCUGAUCCAUUCCCCACAUUUAAACAGUCAGAUGUCCAUUAAGUUUGUUCAAGCACUGCAGCUCUCUGAAACUGUAAACUUAGUUCUCAAUGCCCAAUAGCACUGACCCUUCACUUCUGGGAAUGUGCACUGUUCUUUAUCAAAUGAGCCAUACUUGACCUAAAUCAUGAAUCGAUUCUUUCUAGCACCUAUGCAUAAUCCUUGUAAAUGCACAUCUGAUUGACUCAAUGUCAUGUAUAAAUUGUUUAUUUAUUGAACUUUUUUUUUGUGUAUACUUUUUUUUUUUUUACUGCAUGUUGUGAUGGAAAUAUUUUGUGUUUUUAAUAAAAAGCAACAACAAUAAAACAAUUCAUAUGGCCUUGGUUUUUAGUCAGCCGACUGGCAUUUAGCAUUGGUUCCCUCUUCUGUGAGAUCGCUUGCAUGAAAGGGGAAAUUCUGAUAAUUAUCUUGAAUGCACAGCAUAGCUGCGGGAAGUAGUUGGGGGUGCUGCGAUUGUAUUUGUUUUUUAUUUGAAGGGAGUAGUUUGGGGGGGAUGUUUUUGCCUGCGCUGCAGACAGCUCUGUUGGUUCGCUAAUAAAUGACUUUUAAAGGCCUUAGUGCAUUAUUGCAGCACCCCUACUUCUAUGAUGCACAGUUUAGUUUUGUCAUUUAACUUUAGCCUACACCGUGAGAGGUUGCUGAAAUGGCAACCUCUUCAACUUGGUUGAAUUCAAUCUAUUUAAUCAGAAUAAAGAAAUGGUGGAAUGGGUCUAUUUCAAUGUGGAAAAAUGACAUAUCUAAAGAACAUUGCCUCAAAAGUGACCAUAGUCCAGGCAUACAUGAAAUGGUGAAUACUUUGUUUAUUGCAGCAAUGCCCAAGAGAACCAAUACCAGAUUGGCAUAGUUCUGAUUUAUAUAGAAAUGGGUAGGGGAGACCGGGGAUGGUUGUAACACUUUUCACCUUUUCGUCAGUUUCUCAGAGAUCGUUUAUGGUAGUGUAUUCAAAACUUGAUACAAACAACCUACUUCUGUCAUUUACAAAUUGGUGUGGUUAUAUAUGGAAAUCAAACUGCAAAUGCAUGGUGGUGUCUUAAAUACAAGGAGUGAAGUGUUGCAAUUUACCCUAUGGUCUGGGUUAGUUGUAACAGUGCUUGGGGUGAAUUGGAACAACUAAAAAGUGCAUAAAUCAUGACAUUCAACUAAUUAUUGAAUGCUUUUAUUGAGACCAUGAGAGCAACGUUGCCAAGUUUACCUUUUGUUUGGCAGAAAUAAUAAUAAUACAUAAAUAAUACAAUUACUAUUUUACCCUCCACUAAAUGGUAUUUCUCAACCAAACAACAACUUGGCUAAACUAAACACCUGAACGUUUGUGGUGCGUGCGUGUCUGUGUGUGACUGAAUGUUGGACAUGUUCACUUAAUCAGAGCCACAGUUGUGACAGUGGUAUGGCUGUCCUGGGGUACAGGCUUGGUGGGCCCAUCAUUUGCAUUCCCAGCACCACCCAGACCUCCUUGGACUUGGAAUUGUUAAAGUCCUCCAUGCACACAAUGCAGAAGUUUUCCUUGUUGGAGGAAUCUGAAUCUUCUGGUUCAAUGUGCUUUGUUUAGGCUUUUUUCUUAGGCAGGACAAUUUUUUGUUGUUCAGUGUGGUUUGUCUUGGCUUGCUUCUUAACAGCAGUUUUUUUAGGCAGGGCAAUUUUUCUUUUUGCCUUCUGAGUGCUUGACUUUUGAUGCUCUCCUUCCAGUGCCUGCUUGACCGGUGUAUCUGUCAAAAUCACAGUUUUUCUCCUCUUCCUACCCCUUGUUGUAAUUUUUCUGGGCCCUGCUUUUGGGAAGGGGCGUACAUCAACUAGGUUGAAAUCAGAAGAGUAAUCAGGUGUUUCCCAGCCACAGCCUGAUACUGUGGCUGGGAAACACCUGAUGCGACUGAUGUGGGGAGGUGCCCUAUGAAGUGGCUGGAAGGCGGUUGGAGAGGUGGCCUGGGAGGCAGCUGGAGAGGUGGCCUGGAAGGCAGCAGGAGAGGUGGCCUGGAAGGAAGCAGGAGAGGUGGCCUGGGAGGAAGCAGGAGAGGUGGCCUGGGAGGAAGCAGGAGAGGUGGCCUGGAAGGCAGCAGGAGAGGUGGCCUGGAAGGAAGCAGGAGAGGUGGCCUGGGAGGCAGCUGGAGAGGUGGCCUGGAAGGCAGCAGGAGAGGUGGCCUGGAAGGAAGCAGGAGAGGUGGCCUGGGAGGAAGCAGGAGAGGUGGCCUGGGAGGAAGCAGGAGAGGUGGCCUGGGAGGAAGCAGGAGAGGUGGCCUGGAAGGCAGCAGGAGAGGUGGCCUGGAAGGAAGCAGGAGAGGUGGCCUGGGAGGCAGCUGGAGAGGUGGCCUGGAAGGCAGCAGGAGAGGUGGCCUGGAAGGAAGCAGGAGAGGUGGCCUGGGAGGAAGCAGGAGAGGUGGCCUGGGAGGAAGCAGGAGAGGUGGCCUGGAAGGAAGCAGGAGAGGUGGCCUGGGAGGCAGCUGGAGAGGUGGCCUGGAAGGCAGCAGGAGAGGUGGCCUGGAAGGAAGCAGGAGAGGUGGCCUGGGAGGAAGCAGGAGAGGUGGCCUGGGAGGAAGCAGGAGAGGUGGCCUGGAAGGCAGCAGGAGAGGUGGCCUGGAAGGAAGCAGGAGAGGUGGCCUGGGAGGCAGCUGGAGAGGUGGCCUGGAAGGCAGCAGGAGAGGUGGCCUGGAAGGAAGCAGGAGAGGUGGCCUGGGAGGAAGCAGGAGAGGUGGCCUGGGAGGAAGCAGGAGAGGUGGCCUGGAAGGAAGCAGGAGAGGUGGCCUGGGAGGCAGCUGGAGAGGUGGCCUGGAAGGCAGCAGGAGAGGUGGCCUGGAAGGAAGCAGGAGAGGUGGCCUGGGAGGAAGCAGGAGAGGUGGCCUGGGAGGAAGCAGGAGAGGUGGCCUGGAAGGCAGCAGGAGAGGUGGCCUGGAAGGCAGCAGGAGAGGUGGCCUGGAAGGAAGCAGGAGAGGUGGCCUGGGAGGAAGCAGGAGAGGUGGCCUGGAAGGCAGCAGGAGAGGUGGCAUGAAAGGCAGCUGGAGAGAUGGCCUGGAAGGAAGCAGGAGAGGUGGCAUGAAAGGCAGCUGGAGAGAUGGCCUGGAAGGAAGCAGGAGAGGUGGCAUGAAAGGCAGCUGGAGAGAUGGCCUGGAAGGAAGCUGGAGAGGUGGCCUGGAAGGCAGCUGGAGAGGUGGCCUGGAAGGAAGCUGGAGAGGUGGCCUGGAGGCAGCUGGAGAGGUGGCCUGGAAGGCAGCUGGAGAGGUGGCCUGGAAGGCAGCUGGAGCAGUGGCCUGGGAGGCAGCUGGAGCGGUGGCCUGGGAGGCAGCUGGAGCAGUGGCCUGGGAGGCAGCUGGAGCGGUGGCCUGGGAGGCAGCUGGAGCGGUGGCCUGGGAGGCAGCUGGAGCGGUGGCCUGGGAGGCAGCUGGAGAGGUGGGCUGGAUAGCAGUGGGCACAGUGGUCAUAAAUAAAUCAGCUGCCCUCAAGAGAUACUCUGACAACUUCUGCUCAUCCAUGAAGACCCUCUUUCCACUACAGUAGCCAACAUGAGGAAGCUCUUUCAACCCCUUCUCCAGUAGCUUCUUUCUUCCUUUGCAGAAUCUGUACAGCAUCACAUAACAUAUGCCCUACAACUUUGCAACCGAUCUGAUUGACUUCCCCUGCUCUGCUACAUCAUUUGAUGCUUGUUCAAAGUGUGGAGAGGUACUCCCCUGUCUGUCUUUUCCAUGAUCCAGGGAUGCUGAAAGUAAAAGAAAACAUGUACCUCUGGGUUAGAUGUAUCAUUUUCUCACAAGUUGUUACAACUAACCCUGACCCUUGCAGCCAUUAGCUAGCUUACAUUUUAGUUAAAUGUUAAAACUUUAGCAUUGCUAAUUUGCAUCAAAUAUCUCUACACAGACUGGCUAUAAACAUGAUAUAAGUUUAGUGAACGGAACUACAAAGCAGUUGAUGCCAUCACAAAACACAUUUGGUCAAAAUAAUUACCUUCUUACCUCGAAAUAAGAUUUCUGUCUAUCACAGAUACUUGUUUUUUCAGGAGGGUCCCGGUCAACCAUCCCGGUCUCCCCUAUAUAUCCCCCUAUAAGAUUUACAUUGAAUUAACUGCGAUUUGUCUGCUAUCCUUAGAUAUGCCCAAACAGAUAAAAGCCGUGUAAAGUAGCGCUCUACUCAGCCACGUGAUUACCUUCCCUGUUUAGACUCAAGAUGUUGUAAAAGCCAAGGGAAACUACUUUUAUGCUUAGUGAAGGAGUAUAUAUUUGUAAGCAGCAUACAAAUAUGGUGUUUCAUACAUAGGCAUCUUUCCUAUUGGCUUACUGAUUCCUGUUCUCAAAGCACUAUGCUCGAGGCAGGUGGAAAUUAACAGACACUCGAAACCGUGUAAUGUAUAUGUGCGUGCGAGCGCGCACGGUGGUUGAUUCCGUCAGUCUCUCGUAGUUCUUAGGGUGUGUCCUGUUUCGGUCAGAGAGAAAAAAGGUAUAUUGGACGUCGGAGUGAAGUUAACAACCAUUUCGAACGCGAUAGGACUAGAUACACAGACACUAAUACUGUACAAAGUUCACGGACAAUGGGCUCAUCUCGAAUACUUUCCUGCUUAUUGUUGCUCGGUUGCGCUUGUGCACAAAAUGCGUCUCAAGGUAAGAUUGAUCUUUUAUAAAUGAUCUCAUGUCUUUGUCAGUAGACUGACUAGUCUACCUGUAAAGGCCUUGUAUUGUAUUGUGUUGUGUUUAGCGUCCCUGUCGGUUCCAACCUUUGGUUGACCUACCUUUUCAGAGUAUCGUCACCUCUUUAUUAUAAUACUCUUUCGUGUCCCAGGAAUAUGUAUUGUAUGUAUGUUUGUACCCAUUUGGUAUGGGUAGCCUAGAGAUGGAAUGACUCUAUAUAUUUGAGAUAUUAAGAAGACUGUGAAAUUCGAGUUAAUACCUUAUCUUAUAUCUAUUAAGUACAUUUUUUAAACAAUAUAGAAUCUCUGUCAUUCAAAUCAUUGCUUAAUUUAAUGAUUUGUACAUGUUGUUUAGCCAUGUUUUUUUACAGUAACUUAUUGUAUGUUGGGGCUCACCAACACAGUCUAACAUUAUAGAUCUUUGUCAGUGACGUUUCUCUCCUGUGUUUCAUCAAAAGUUAAAACACGAGGGUUCAUCGGGGUGGUUGACCCUCAGGAUGCCGACCGCGUUACAGUGGCCAAGGCGACCGCGGACACGCUGCGGAGCAGUCUGACCACUGUGUUCCUCCCCAUCGUCUACAUAGUGGUGUUUGCUGUGGGGCUGCCCACCAACGCCAUGGCCAUCUGGGUCUUCCUUUUCAGGACCAAGAAAAAGAACCCUUCCGCCAUCUACAUGGCCAACCUGGCUCUGUCCGACCUGCUCUUUGUCAUCUGGACUCCCCUGAAGAUCGCCUACCACUUCAACGGCAACGACUGGGUCUAUGGAGAGGGGCUGUGUAAAGUCCUGGUGGGCUUCUUCUACGGAAACAUGUACUGCUCCAUCCUCUUCAUCACCUGUCUGAGUGUGCAACGUUACUGGGGUGUUGCCCAUCCUCUAUCUCAGCAGAGGAAGAACAACAAAUUGGCCGUUGCCGUCUCCGUCUCUAUCUGGGCCUUCAUCUGGCUCACCACCACCCCUCUGUACCUGUACAACCACACUGCCAAGCUCAAGGACCCCAACAUCACCACCUGCCAUGACGUCAACAUCAUCCAUGACCUGGAUAACCCCUUCCCUGACGUAGCUCUCCCCUACUUCUACUUUGUCCUCAUGGCCGGCAUCGUGUUCAUGGUUCCCUCGCUGGUCAUCAUCCUGGCCUACAUCCUCCUCCUCAAGGCUCUCGGGAACGCCAUGGCGGACGGGAGCGCCGGGAAGAACCGUCAGAAAGCCGUGGUGCUGAUCGUGACCGUGCUGGUCACCUUCCUGGUGUGUUUCAUCCCCAGUAACAUCAUGCUGGUCGUCCACUACUCCCUCCUCAAAGAUGGGGUGGUGAACAACGGCUACGGCUUCUACGUCACCACUCUGUGUCUGGCCAGCCUCAACAGCUGUCUGGAUCCCUUCAUCUACUACUUUGUGUCGAAGGACUUCAGGGACCAUGUGAAGAACACACUGCUGUGUAGAAGCAGCAGGACGGUGGAGAGGAUGAGGGUUUCCUUCAGCUCCAUGAAGUACUCCAAGAAGAGCAAGGCCUACGUGUCUGAGUCUGGGAACACACAGAGCAGUACCUGCUGA